GUUGUUGCGUUACGUGGGUCUUUAGAGGAUGAGAAAAGAAUGAUUCAGAACACUGAUGCUGUUACUGGUGCUGGUCUCAGUGUUGAGGCUUCAUUGGUGAAAUGUACCCUGCAGGGAACUGCUCGUCUUCCUGCAUUUUCCAUAGAUGGGGACUUUGUAUUAGGAGGUGCUUUCUUCCUUCACUUCCAAACGCAAACAGUGGUAAAUAACUACACCAUACAGCCUGAGCUAUCUAGAUGCACAGGAAGUGUGAAUGCCCGGGAUCUGCACUUCACUCGUACAAUGAUCUUUGCAAUUGAGGAGAUAAACAACAGCACAAAGCUGCUGCCUGGCAUCAGACUUGGUUAUCAGAUCUAUGACACAUGCUCCGCUGUGCCCGUAGCUGUGCAUGUGGCAUUUCAACUAUCAAAUGGCCAAGACGCUGUGUUUUACAAAGGCAGUAACUGUUCUCAAUCUAGUGUUGUGAUGGCUGUUAUUGGAGACUCUGGAUCCACUCCAUCUAUCAGCAUGUCACACAUCCUUGGGUCCUUCAACAUUCCUCUGGUGAGCCACUUUGCCACAUGUGCCUGCCUCUCAGAUAAACAUCAGUACCCAACUUUUUUCAGGACAAUUCCAAGCGACUAUUACCAAGCUGCUGCUCUGGCAAAGCUGGUGAAACACUUUGGCUGGACUUGGAUAGGAGCUAUACAUUCAGACUCAUAUUAUGGAAAUUAUGGCAUGGCAACAUUUCUUGAGACGGCAUACAGAGAAGGGAUAUGUGUGGAGUACAUUGAAUCCUUUGAUUGGACCCACCCACAGAGCAAAAUCCAAAGACUUGCUGAUGUGAUCCGCAGGUCAACAGCAACGGUUGUUGUAGCAUUUACAUCUCCUGGAGACAUGAAGAUCCUCCUAAAAGAGCUGGCAUUGCAACCUGGGCCAUCUCGCCAGUGGAUUGGAAGUGAGGCCUGGAUAACUGACUCAAGUCUGAUGAGCUUCACUUUCUGCACAGGGGCCAUUGGAGUUGCCAUUCAGAAAUCUGUUAUCCCAGGUCUGAGAGACUUCCUGCUAGAUCUCUCUCCCUCUAAAGUGGCUUCUUCGUCAGUGCUGACUGAGUUCUGGGAGGAUGUAUUCAACUGCACUCUGAGAAAAACUUCUCAUCCAAACAAGAGAGCAUGCGAUGGAACUGAAGACAUAAAAACCCUUAAAAGCCCAUACACUGAAACAUCUCAAUUAAGAGUUUCUAACAUGGUGUACAAGGCUGUUUAUGCAAUAGCACAUGCCAUUCACAAUGUAGUGUGCCACAAAGAAAAUGCAACCAUACAUUGCAAUAAAUACAUCAGACUGGAGCCCAAACAGGUUUUAACUGAACUAAAGAAAAUAAACAUUUCCCAAAAUGGUUAUCAUAUUUCAUUCGAUAAAAAUGGGGACCCUAUAGCUUUUUAUGAGCUAGUAAACUGGCAGAAAAGUGAAAGUGCCAUUAUUGAGCCAGUAACAGUGGGGUACUAUGAUGCAUCACUGCCAAUGGGAGAACAGAUUCGCAUCAACAGGAACUUAACCUGGCUGGAAGAUGGCACACAAGUACCAGUGUCAGUGUGCUCAGAACGUUGUCCUCCAGGAACUCGUAAAGUGUUGCAGAAAGGAAAACCCAUCUGCUGCUAUGAUUGCUUAUCAUGCCCCGAAGGAGAGAUCAGUAAUAUGACAGAUGCUCCUGAUUGCAUCCUUUGUCCCAAAGAGUUCUGGCCAAAUACAGAAAAAAAUUCUUGUUUCCCCAAACCUGUGGAGUUUCUUUCCUUUGGGGAAGUCCUGUCAAUCAUUUUAGCUACUUUUUCUGUUAGUGGGGCCUGUCUGGCCAUCUUUGCAGCAGUGAUUUUCUUUCGUCACAGAUCAACUCCGAUUGUCAGAGCCAACAACUCUGAGCUGAGUUUCCUGCUGCUCUUCUCUCUGACUCUGUGUUUCUUAUGUGCAUUAACUUUCAUUGGAGCACCAUCGAGGUGGUCCUGCAUGCUGCGGCACACGGCAUUUGGUAUCACUUUUGUUCUAUGCAUCUCCUGUGUUCUUGGGAAAACUAUAGUAGUUUUAAUGGCAUUUAAAGCUACACUUCCAGGUAGUAAUGCCAUGAAAUGGUUUGGUCCUCCACAGCAAAGACUCACUGUACUAACUUUUACAUUUAUUCAAGUUAUAAUUUGUACUGUGUGGUUAGUUCUGAGUCCUCCCUUUCCAGUAAAAAAUCUAACUACAUACAAGGAGAAAAUCAUCUUGGAAUGUGCAUUAGGCUCUGUUGUUGGCUUCUGGUCUGUGCUUGGCUACAUCGGCCUACUGGCUAUUUUUUGCUUUGCGUUAGCUGUUCUAGCUCGGAAACUACCCGAUAAUUUUAAUGAAGCUAAGAUGAUAACUUUCAGUAUGUUGAUAUUCUGUGCUGUCUGGAUCACCUUCAUUCCAGCAUAUGUCAGCUCUCCUGGGAAAUUUACUGUGGCUGUGGAGAUAUUCGCCAUUCUGGCCUCCAGCUUUGGACUGAUACUAUGUAUCUUUGCUCCAAAGUGUUUCAUCAUUUUGUUUCAGCCAGAAAAGAACAACAAAAAAAGUUUGAUGAAUAAAAACUAA